UCUUUGCAUUAGUCAGAGCGCUUCAGCUCAACUAGCUAGCAGCAACAAACACGCAGACGCGAGCGUGGUGGAGCUUUCACCAAACACAAACUCAACAACCCGGGCUCAAAUGGCCUCUUUAGGAGAACCUGUACGUCUGGAAAGAGACAUAUCUCGUGCAAUUGAACUCCUGGACAAGCUCCAGAGAACAGGGGAAGUGCCUCCGCAGAAGCUGCAGGCACUGCAGAGGGUUUUGCAGAGUGAGUUCUGCAAUGCUGUACGGGAGGUGUAUGAGCAUGUGUAUGAGACAGUGGACAUAAAUAGCAGCCCAGAGGUGAGGGCCAAUGCAACAGCAAAGGCUACAGUGGCUGCAUUUGCAGCUAGUGAGGGUCACUCACACCCCCGUGUGGUGGAACUCCCAAAAACAGAGGAGGGACUGGGCUUCAACAUCAUGGGUGGGAAGGAACAAAACUCGCCUAUCUACAUCUCCCGUAUCAUUCCUGGAGGCAUCGCUGAUCGGCAUGGUGGCCUGAAGAGAGGAGACCAGCUGCUGUCUGUGAAUGGAGUGAGUGUAGAAGGAGAGCACCACGAGAAGGCUGUGGAGCUGUUGAAGGCUGCUCAGGGUACAGUGAAGCUGGUGGUACGAUACACCCCUAAGGUUCUGGAAGAAAUGGAGUCGCGCUUUGAGAAGUUGAGGUCUGCCAAACGCCGGCAACAGAACAACUACCCCCAGUAGGGCGUCUGGCCUGCGCCCCCACCCCCUCAUCAUCUCUCUCUCUCUCUCUCAUAUUGUCGUUAAUUGUUCUGAUAUCUGUCUUAUUCACACUUACUCACCCCCUUUCUCCAGCCAGGGAUUAGCCACAUGUUUGGCACUCCUUUUUGUGAAAUUUUCUAAAUCCUCACCACCUCAAGUUUUUAACAGUCUUUUCACACACUUGUUUCUCAUAGCAUGAACACUAUAUAGGCUCUCGAUAUUGUCACUCAGACGUCACAUACAUGCACAAUUGGUGCAUUAUUAAGAAUGUAAUGUCAUUUAGGAUGUUGUUUAGUUAGAUAUGCAAGGGGACCAAUGCAAUGUUCAACUUCUGAGAUCAUUUGAAUGAAAAUGUAAAAAAACAAGUGCCUCAAGAGUUUUCUAAAGGUCUGCAGCCUUCAGUAUGCUCCCAUCAUAGGCUGUGUUUUAUGGUCCUAGCACAGAAUGAAUGAACACUACCACCUUGUUAAAAAAAACUGCUAAAUAUGUUUACCAAUUUCUGAGCAGAAUCACCAUCAUCUCUGUGUAGAGGUUUGUUGUGUUUAUUUUCCUGCUUAAGUUUGUUUGCCCAUGAAAAAAAAAAAAAAAAAAAAAGAUCACCAGAAAUAUUUCAAAAUCUCACUUUAAGUCUCCAUCCAAACUGCUGUUUUCAUUGAACACAGUGUCAGCUGUAAAUAUUCCACAUACUCCAGUACUUUUCCACUUACUGACCCAAAUUGAUUGACUCUCAGAUCACGUUUGCAGUGCAUGUUAAUACUGUCACCUUUCACUCAAUCGUGAAUGUACGGAAAGGGUUAUACUGUAUGUUGUUAAAAUAUCUACAGUAAUUGGCAGAUCAGCUCUGUCAAAUAAACAAAUCAUCUUUCAUCAAACAAGAAUUGACCCAAAUUAUGUUCAAAUUUGGGUUUGCAUUCAGACUGGUUUAGAGCUGUUUGACUCUGAUUGGGAUUUAUACAUAUUGCUUUUGAUUAAACAUUAGAAUGCAAUCCUUAAAAAUGGCACUGAGCAGUCCAGCCAAACAGCUGUUCAGAGGAGUUGCUAGUGGCACGGUUUGGAUGUUAGAUACUGUAGGUAGAUAUAUUGAUUAAAGUAAUAUUUCCAUAGCGUACUGCAGCUUAAAAAGCACAUAGAAACACAAUGUGGCAGUCACAAGCUCUUAUUCAAGCGUACAUUCCAUUUUUUUAUUUUUAGAAUUUUAAUAUGGUAAUUUUAAACCUUGCAGCAGAAACACUGUUUAAAAUUGUAGCGGGAGUUCAGGAAGUUUUAGUUGUUUUAUUGUUCAUUUUUCUGUUUCGUGUAAUGCUUUCUGAAUGUUAAUGUAGCUCUUGCCUUUCAGUCAGCUCUGGGUUCAUAUUGUAUACCCAGUUAAUGCUGAUAAUUACAAAACCCUACAACAUGUUUCACUUCAAUGGUUGUCAUAUACUUGCAUCAUGAGGUAGCAACUGAGCAUAAUCCUAGGAAACUGCAAUUCAUUAAUUAAUGUUAAAGAGUUUCAGAAUUACUACCAAAAUGUUGUUUGAUAAAGUCAUCAAUCCCAACCCACUCAAAUUAUGUAUUUAUUAAACAUGUCUAAACAAAGCUCAAGUAAAAAUGUUUUUUAAUUGGUGCUGUAAUUUUUUUUUCUUUUGUUUCUGAAGCUAAAACAGAUUCCUUUAUGCAACAAGACCUGCCAUCUAUAGUUUUUAUAAAAAAAAAGAUAAUAAUAAUAAUAAUAAAAAAAAAAAACCUGAUCAGUCCUUUCUCUGAAGUCAGUAAUUUAUUUACCCAUAAACAUAAUGUGUAGUAUUUAUGGGACUUAAGUUAAUGUUCUAUUUAGAGGUGCAGAUUUGGAGAUGUUUGGCUUUUUGCUUUUUCAGGUCUUACCCAGAUACCUCAGUGGCUAAAAAAAGCAAUCUGGUUACAUUUGUUGUGUAAGCUUCAGCUCUUCUUGUUAAUGUAAUAACCAAAUUUUAAGGAUUUAAUUGAUAUAUUUUUCUUAGAUUCUGACUUAAGAUAGGAGAGAGAAAAAAAAACUUUUAAAAAGUAGUUUCACACUGCACUUUCUCUUUGUACUCAUUUUCACAUGUUAAAAAAUGCAACACGCUUUAUGUAUUUUUAACCUCAAAUGCAGGUAUUUUCAGUGUCUGACACGCUUGGGGGAAAAAAACUAGUCUAUUUUUCUCUGUCUCUCAUAAAAUAUUUAACAUGUCUAAUUAUAGAGGCCCAUGACUCACCCCGAGCUGUGAGAUACGUAGGUUUUUUGGGGGUGGGAGAUAAAAGGAGGCCUGAUGUCUUGCAUGAAGGAAUCAUUUGGGUGAUUGACAAAAAAAUUCUUUGGUGUAUAAGGUGCUCAGGUUGGAUGUUCCUACAGUAUCAUGAUUUUAAAGCCUCAUGUAUCACAAGAGCAAUAAGACAUGAUCCUUCUUCUGUUAUCAUCUCAAGCAGGUUACUCACUCCCCAUUAAUAUUUAGUAUUGUCCAUGGGGCGGGGGGCUGACUAACUAUUUUUGUAAAUUUGUAUUCUUUUGAUAUUUUCAGCUCUUUUGAUAAGUAACUUUUCUCAAGUUUUUUUUUUUUUUUCGAGGAAUGCUUUGUAUUGGUUCAUCUUGACCACAAUCUCCCUGUGUUUCAAGUACAAAGACCAAACUUGCAACCUUUUCUGGGAGCUGUUUCAAUGUCUGGUCAGCUAGUUUGAGCUGUUUUUAAGAACCUGUUGUACUGUUGUAUUAUUUGACACUUCUGUCCUGCUGUAUUGUUACAUUAAUGUGGAUGUGUAUAAAAAUUGAUCAACGUGAUUUGUUUUGAGGAAACGGUCCAAGUAUACUGUGUGUUUAAUCUUUA